AUGAAAAAUCCUUUUCAUCUUGAUCAUGGCUGCACAAUGGCGCAACAACAGCAGGGUCAACACAAACAACACGUAUUUGCACAACACAACACCGCUGAUAUGUUGUUUCGAACUAAUUCGGAUUUCGAAUUCGAAUUUCUCCGCGUAGCAGACACGUCUAUGCGCGACGGUAUUCCUCUCGCGACUAACGCGUCUGUAGCGCCCGCCGCGUAG